ACAUCCCUUCCCACAUCGGCAUCAUCAGCGGAACAGAAGAAUUCUGCUAUGGGAGGGUCUGUUCGCUUUCAAUUGUGAAUAACUCGUUGUUUCAGAUGAUCUGACGGCACCUCGUCAUCUGGAGAUCACCCAUGAAGGACAGUACUCACUGGCCAUCAAGUGGGAUGCACCUGAAUGUGGUUCCAUUGGAGAAUAUCAGGUGGAACUGAUCGGUGAAGAGGUUCCGUUUGACGUCCAUCGACAAACCGUCACACAACCGCAUGUUUCCGUUACCAACCUUCUACCAGCGACCAAUUACAACAUCAAAAUCCGAGCCGUUGAUCGACAACGUAGGAUUGGCCCAUGGAAUUCCGAUCUCAUGCAGGCAAGAACACAAGGCGAAAGUGUUCCUGUUUCGAAUGACAUUCGCCUCGUUUACCGAACCGAUUCCGAACUACAUUUCACGUGGAAUCCGAUCAGUGACGAUCGUGCCCAGCAUUACGAGGUGACAGCUGUAGAGCUGCUACCAGAAUCGCGUCGUGUGGAACGAGCUCGAGUUCCACCCUAUGUGUCUGGCCACACCCUAGCAGGACUUCUACCCGGUACAAAGUACAUCAUAGGAGUUAUCGCCUUCGCUGACCAUGAACCAAAACUGGUAUGCUCUCUAGCAGCUGAUGUUGUCGAUGAGGAAGGAGAGCUUGUAGUGCACUGGCAAAGACCGCCAACAGCGAAGCCCGGUACCAAAUUUGUGGUCGAGUACAGACUUCCAAACGAGACCUUCUGGAGAAGUGUAGACGAAGCGGAUAUAGAUGAAGAUGGUGAUACCUACAGCGUGUCGCUUCCUCCCAUACCAGGCAUUUCGGUAUUUACUGUACGUCUGUUGACGAUCGGACCGGAUAAUGAAGUCAUUGGAAGAACCGAGGAAGUCACCAUGGGCGAGGCUGCUGCCAAUGCCUGUGUCGGAACAGCAGGAAUACCAGCAGAGAUUACUGUCGAAUUGGCUGAGCCAACCGUGUUGCGAUUCAGUUGGAGCAAGCCCGAUUGUGACGAGAGUGUUGCUCCGAUUGAUGGAUACGAAUAUCUCAUCCACCAAUCCGAUCAGCAAACGCCUCACAGUGGAGCUUCAUAUAUUGGUGGUACCACAGUGGCUAUUCCUGAAUUGCACCCAUCUACUCGAUACUCAUUCCGGGUUCGAUCCCGUAAUGCGAACGGGCAUUCUCCAUGGAGCACCGUCAUCGAUGUGGCCACUACUCCAGAAGGCUCUUUGACUGUGUUGCGACGUCAAAAACGCCAGGAGAAACACUUGAUAACAGGUAGUGCCUUCUAUUCCGGCCACCAUGGUUCACUAACUUCUCCGUGCGGGCCACAUAACGUUCCAGACGAAACUAACCAUCUAAAAGUUCGUGUUGUCCUGUCCCCACCGGAUGUCUAUCUUGUUUGGAUGCCACUUGCACAACAUUCUAACCGUAUUGCCUUGUUCAAAGUCGCGUACAAGGAACGAAAUUCAAACCGCUGGACCCGAAUCUACGGCUGUCCUGAGGACUUCCAAUGUCCUCAAAGCCUUCGAUUGGAUCCAGUCGACUACUGCUACCGCCUCCAGCGUCUUUACUUUGGCGUACACUACAUCAGCCGGGUACUGCUCCAUACUAUGGAGUACACACUACUGCUUCCUACUGACAAUUACGCUUUAGCUGGAGUUGAACAACCGUCCCAUCUCCAAGUAGGCCUCAGCCAGCCCCGUAUUGAACAACAAGGUCCCAGAAAUGUCGUCUACUGGUCCACCACGGGAGACAAUUCACGACUGCUCGGCUAUCAGGUGGACAUCCGAAGGGAUGGAGACCGUGAAUGGACAGAGCAUGGUGCAAUGACCCGUGCCGAACCAUCGCAGUCGCAUUUCCGUCAGUCACUUGGUCCGGUACCGGUGGCGACGUAUUACCUUAGAGUGAGAGCGAUAGACGGCAGUGGUAACACCGUCGCCACUUCACCGAGCACCAGCUUUUCCGUCUCAUGUCAACCUCCGAUAUCUCCCGAGAAUGUGCGCUUGGACAGAGUCUCUGAGGAUCGAGUACGAAUUUCUUGGACAUUCCCCACUGAAGAUCCAGCCUGUCAGACAUAUUUCUUCAUCUCUGGCAUUCAGAAUGGCGCCCCUAUAAGUCAUCGAGCGCCUGGAAGUGAACGUAGCUACGACAUUGAGGGCCCUGCCCGAGGUGAUUGGCGUGUUGAGGUACGGGCCGUCAACUCUGCAGGAUCUGGGCCAGCUUCACAACAAGCCAUCUUCACCAGUGCACAACAAUCGCUCGUCUCUGCUCCAAGGGUGGAAGCUCGUGGGAACGAUCUUCAUGUCGAAUGGAGAAGUGAAGGCGAUGGCCGCGGCGUUUUCGGCUACCGUCUACAAUUCCGAACGGAAAGCUCUGGAUGGAAUCCCUACGGCCAAAUCGUUCCAUAUGUGGGUGACAACCAAGAUUACUCCCAAACUCUCACCGGACUUCAAAAGGGUCAUACCUAUGCCGUUCACAUUCAGGUCCUGGACAGAAAUUCCUAUGUGAUGUAUGUAAGUCCCGAAGCAUCAGCAAGGAGCAGCUGUACAGCUCCUUCACAUCCCCCGUCACAUCUUCAAGUGCAGGCACCGGAUGCUUCCCAUGUACGAGUGCAAUGGGCUUUGCCUCCUCAGAGCACAUGGGGAUGUGCAGACAUUCAAUAUGAAAUUCAGGUUGUCGAGCCUCAAGCGAUACCACCAGUAAGUGUACCUGGUGGACAAACGAGUCAUAUCUUCCCCAGUCGCCCAAAUCAACAAUGGUCGGUUCGAAUCCGAGCUAAGAACUCAGCUGGACAUUCCGCUUGGACCCCUGCCGCUGAAGUCCGAACUCCUCCUGGAGGCGAACUUAUUGUCGGACCGAAUAUUGCCUAUCGACAAGGAAAUCCAAUCAUCACUUGGCAGUCAAGGGAGAACGUUGACGAUCAGAUUGAAAGCUUCAUACUUGAAUGGAAAACAACCACUGAAACGGAAUGGAGACAACACAGAAAUCCCAUUCCAUUUUCUGGAUGGCAGCGACCCUACACCAUCGAUCUUGGCGAACUUCCAAAAGGACAUACCUAUCAGGUCCGCAUCGUCGUCCGUGACAGGAAUCGUAACAUCGCGUUCACAUCGCCUUGCCAGCCUCCUCGACGUGCCCCAACUAACCUUCAGGUGUCACCCAUCGGGCCCACACAAAUCAGGCUCACUUGGGCUCCAUUACACGAGUCCGAAUGGAACUGUGAUCGUAUGUGGUAUAUUGUAAAGUACAGUACCCCAAAGAAUCAGGGUUUCAAGAAUUUGACCCAAGGAGAGAAUUCGGUCGUAUUCGAGUCGGACCCUUACACGAGAUGGAGUUUCGAAGUUCAAGCAGCUAAUCCAGCCGGAGAGACACAGUGGUCUCGUACAGAAACUGCCCAGACUCAGGAUGCUUCACCUGGUCCUGUUGUCGACCUACGAGUGCAACCAGUUGGACCCGAUCGGUUGCAAGUCAGUUGGAGACCUCCGAUAAAUCCGAAUGGGCUGAUCACCCAGUACGAAAUCACCUACCAGCUGGUUAGCAAAGGCAUGUGCGACCAACAACAGGAUGCGCCACGAACACUCUCCGUCACUUCACCUAACCAUGUGAUUACUGGACUUCAUCCACAUUCACGUUACCGAGUUGGCGUCGCAGCCAAAACCACAAUCGCUGGUGAGCGUGUAAUGCAAGAAGUACAGACCGAGCAGUCGGUACCGUCUGCUCCUCCACUUUAUCUCAGAGUGGAAGAAACCAGAGAGACCGACGCCAGUGUGAGCUGGCAAGCCCCACCUUGCCUACAGACCAAUGGUGAGAUCACCGAGUACGAAUACGAGGUGACACCGGCUGAUCGACGAGCUCAACCACAACGACUCGCCAAUACUGUCCGUGGAACGAGAGCUCAAAUAACUGGUCUUCAACCUUUCACUAGAUACAACAUAAAGGUUCGUGCCUAUACAAGUCGCGGUCCAGGCCCAUGGUCCUCAGAUGUCGCAUUCCAGACGGCAGCUCCCCAGACAGUCACUGCCCCACCCUUCGUGAGGGUCAUCAAUACGGGAGCAGACAAUGCCCACGUAGUCUGGCAGUCUCCACAUCCACAGAGUGGCUAUAUCGACAAGUACAAGUGCCGUUACUCACCAGCCGGUUCCCAAAAUUACCAGGAAAGACAGUUCCCAGCUGUCAGCCCAUGUCAAGCGAGAAUUCUGGAGAGUCAGCAAUUGCCAACACCUCCACCAGGGACCAGAAUGCACUGCGGACGAAUAGAUAACUUGCAACCAGAACAGACCUAUGACUUCCAGGUGGCUGCUCACGUCACGGACCGUGGAUGGUCGCCGUGGUCACAACCCGAGCGUACCAAAGUCACCGAUGAGGCUGUACAGAUUCUCACCAUCGACAAGAUUGGCGGUACCGAGAGCUCACUGACAAUCUCGUGGACGGUACGUCCGGGUGAUCGUAAUCGUGUAACCUCAUUCCGCCUUCACGUCGAGCCUGUAGACGGGUCGUCUCGAGCACAAACGUUUAACGUCGACCGGAAUACCUAUCAGUACAGGAUUGACAACCUCCGCCCUCGUACCCAGUACAAUGUUACAGUACAAGCGGCUACCAACAAGGAGUUGUGUGGGGGCACACAGGUGACAAUGUGGACCGAUGCAGCUCCACUGACAGCCUUGGCAGUAGCGCCACGAGUAAUCGCAGAAGAAGCCACGUCUGUCACCAUUGAAUGGGACAGCAGGAACCGUGAAGCUGGAGGAUUUAUCGUCGAGUACAAGCUCGAAGGUAGCGCCUGGCAACAGCAUCCACGCCGUAUUCCGGCACACCCAGCGCAGACAACCUACACAGCUACCGUUGAUGGUCUGCCUACCAACAACGUCAUCGACCUCCGAGUUCGUGUCGUUUCACAGCAGAACGAACAGUCAAAUCCAUCUCCUGAAGUCCGUGCCCGAACCAAGUGUAGUCCACCUCCCAAUCCACCACAGGGUAUUCGAGUGGAUGCUCCCUCGACCAACGACGUUCGUGUAUCGUGGUCCCGCCCGGCCAAAGACACUUGGAUGUGCGACCAGAUGAAUGUCGAAAUCAGCUACCGCAUCGGAAACGAACCCGAAAAGAUACUGCCCGUGCCAGGUGAACAGACUGAGUACACUUUCCCAGCAGAACCCAAUCAACGUUGGGUAAUCAAACUUCGAGCAACCAAUCAAGUUGGAUCCAGUCGUUGGUCAUCCGAACAGACAGUGACCACCCGUCAGGGAGCUCCAGGAGCUGUGCGUGAUCUCAGGGUCAAGGCACUGUCACCAAAUGAGGUCCACGUACAAUGGUUGGCACCACUCGUUCAGAGAGGCACCAUCGUUGGCUACGAUAUCAGCUACAGAUUGAAACAUCGUCUGGCUUGUCCUGAAGAAGAACCUCGAGAUGUAUCACGCGAUUUUGUUACCGUCUACAAUCACAAAGAUCUUGACUACACCAUCACAGGAUUGCUACCGUACUCGCUGUAUGAGGUCCGAGUCAGAGCACGAACAACCGAGUUGGGACCGGAGGAGACGAAGGAGGUGUCGACGGAACAGCAGCCGCCCUCAUCGCCACCCCUCAAUCUUGAGCUCACCUAUGCCCUCGAACGAUCUCUGUCCUUCCAGUGGGAACCAGUCGACUGCUCCCAGCGUCACGGACAUAUCGUCAAUUAUGAGUACGAGAUUCUUGGUCAGGAUGACUGGGCGAAAUUGGAGCGACAAAUCGCCAACACAUCUGAUACGGAGAUUACGGUAGAUGGACUGACACCUUUCACUAAGUACAUCAUGCGUGUGAGAGCCUACAAUAGCAUCGGUGGAGGUCCAAAUACGGAAAAUCUCGACGUGAUGACCGCAAAGGCAAGCGCACCGCUUCCACCACAGGAUCUUGUCGUCGCUCAAGAAGGCACUGACUUCUUUAUGGUGUCAUGGCUGCCUCCAUAUCCGCCCUACGGCCCUCAUGAUGCUUACAAAAUCCGUUACCAACUACUGGGUACAGACAGAUGGGAAGAAAAGCAACACGGUGUCAAAGACGAAGCACUUCAAUGCCCUUCGGAAAGCCCUCGGUUCUGUUACAAUGUAACUGGUCUCGAACCCGGUAACCAGUACAAAGUCCAGGUCGCUACCCGAAUUGAAGGAGGAACCUAUGGACCAUGGUCGUCGUUGGUGAUCGCUAACACACUCCAAAUCCUCCCGGACACCCCACGGGCGAUUCAUUUGAUCGAAAAGACUGAUCAUUCACUCCACAUUAAAUGGGUCCCACCAAUUGAUCCCAAAGGUCACAUCACUCAGUACAAGGUCUCCAUCGCUUCCCUUGACGAGCCCAACGAGGAGCGUAAAACCUACCUCGUCGACCACCCCACACUCACCUAUCUGUUCGAUGGUCUGAAACCCGAAACGUCCUACAAUGUCUCAAUAGCAGCUGGUUCGAAGAGAGGCUUUGGUCGGGAGAUCUGGACUCGAUAUUCGACUGAUCCGUUCGCGAUUCCAGUCAUCGUUGCUGCUCCAAUAGUGACUCCAGAUGGAGCUUCUGCUCUGGAUGUGCAAUGGUCAGGCGUGUUGGAUUCUCAGAACAGAGUGAAGGGAUACAUCAUUGAGAUAAGAAACUCUGACACCCCAAUCUGGCAGGAAAUCGGUGGAAUCACUCAUCACGAUGCAGUGAAGAGGUCCUAUCUGAAGAAACUGACUGGGCUCGACGCUGACACUCUCUACUUCGUAGUGGACCACAAACAGCGAGUGGGUGCAGCUUCGCCUGAAGCUCAAGGUCGUACAGGAUGUGCUCCACCAACGUCUCCACCAACAAAUGUCAAUCUAGCUUCACCAUCCAACGUACAGGUACGAGUCAAUUGGCAAGCUCCCGUCAAAGGUUCAUGGCUUUGCUCGAAUAUCCGCUACAAGCUGGAGUAUAUUAACGGCACACAACCACGUACCCAAAUCGACUUACCCAGCUCUUCGAUUGAACACAUCUUCGAUUCCCCGUCGAAUACAAAGUGGCAGGUGCGCAUCCGUACCGAAAACGACGCAGGAGCCUCUGGCUGGAGUAACGAACUCGAACUGACCACGGCUGAAGGAGCUCCUGGAGCCGUAAGAGACAUGACAGCUGUUCCUAUGGGACCAACGUCGAUUGAAGCCUCAUGGAGACCUCCUCUUGAUCCAAAUGGUGUUAUCACUGGGUAUACGCUCGUCUACAAUCUGAAAUCGAUGGGAGAAUGCGGUCCAAGGACUUCGACUCCUAUUCAGAAGCACGUUCGAAGCGAGACUCAAGUAUUGGAUGGACUACUUCCUGACUCCACCUAUGAGGUUCAUGUGAUAGCCCAUACCUCUAUGGCUGGACCACAAUCAAAAGUGAUUACGGUGACUACUGAAGAGGCUGCUCCUACCGGUCCUCCCAUCAACGUUCGUGUUGGAUCGGUCACAUCGAACCGAGCGGACGUCACAUGGUCUCAACCAGACUGUGAACUGCGCAAUGGCAAAAUCACCGGCUACGAGUACGAACUGGAGAGCUUGGAUCAUUGGGGAGAGAACAUGACCAGUCAGCACUCUACCGAAAGACUCACACUCAGCGAUCUUGUCCCAUACAAUGAAUAUAGAAUUCGCGUCCGAGCACAGAAUGCCGUCGGUGAAGGUCCCUAUUCGGAAUGGGUUCGCUUCAUUACACAUCCAGCUGCUCCACCGGCACCUUCCGAUCUGCAAGAAGAGGGCGCAUUCCCGCAUGCACUUGAGAUCUCAUUUGCUGCUCCAUCACCUCCUCAUGGAAAUAUCGACUAUUACCGUAUCAGGCAUACUCCUUCUGGACAACUAAACUUCAAGGAAGUCCGAGUGGAGGCGGAACGUUUGCAGUGUUCAGAUGCUUCUAAGAGGGAUCGUUUGUGCUUCCGUGUGCACGAUCUCGAUCCUGAACAAGACUAUGAGAUCCAGGUUGCUGCCCAUACCGAGGGAGGAGCAUGGUCAGAAUGGUCGGAACCACUGAAUGCCAGGACUGAGCAACAGAAUAUUCCCGUGUUGGAACGAGAGCUCGAGGUGAUCGAUACGAAACCCGAAUCGAUUACUCUCCGUUUCGAGGGUGUCCCACAGGAACAGGCUGCCCAUGUCAUUGGCUACGUGCUGGAAUACAAAUCUGAAGAUGAUGACGAUUGGGCCGAGUACAACGGAGUGAUCAAGCACCGUAGAACCACCAAUGACUACAAAGUCAUGGUUAGGCAGCUGGAAACAGCCACGAAUUACUUCUUCCGUCUGAAGGUUGUCGGCAAGAACGACAAACGAGGUGCACCUGGUCCUGAAACGAAAGCGAUGACUAGUUGUGGUCGUCCAGAAGAGCCGCCAAGUAACGUUCGCAUUGAGAGUGACGAUUUCGAGAGUGUAAAGAUUAAAUGGACACCACCAUCAGAGGACUCCUGGCGAUGUGAUGACGUCGAAUUCGUGAUUGACUAUGUGAACACGACAUCGCGUGGAUCGUGGACGGUACCCGUGGAUGCUCCAUCUGAACUUCUGGUUCCAACAAUGCCUGGCACUCGAUGGGAAGUAAAAAUGCGUACGCAAACCGUUGAAGAUGGAGCCAAACCGCAAUGGAGUAAAUGGAGUGACAAGGCCUCGCUCACUACCCAAUCACUGCCUGGAGAGCUCUUCGUUACCGUGGAGCCCACAGGAUCGCGGGAGGCACUCGUCACAUGGGAUCUUCCAGACAAGGACCAGAAAUGGAAUUACGGUGUGGACAUUUCAUACCGUUUGAAACAGCUCGGUGGAUGUAACGAAGCCGCUACUGGACCACAGGAACCGAUCACCAAGUUGAACAUCCAGGAGAAGCAGGUUCCGUUGGAAGAACUGGCUCCGGGAAGCGUUUACGAGGUUACGGUCACGCCUCGUCGUCCUCCUUCACUACAUUCAUCGAUUGUCGCACCGAAAACCGUAAGAACGUUCAAGACCAAGAAUGACGUCCCCACAGGGCCUCCAAUGAACCUGCAGUCGACUGUCCGAAAAGACACUGAACUUGGGUUCAAAUGGGACGCCCCUGAAUGUGUACAUCAGAAUGGAAAUGUCUCCCAGUACGAAUUCGAAUUGGUCGGAAUGGAUGAAUGGAACGAAGGCACCCGUGAGGGUGUCACUCCUCGCACUACGGCCGUCAUUGAUCAACUUCAACCCGGAUCGCUCUAUCGAAUGAGGGUUCGUGCCUACACUGCCGAAGGACCCGGACCUUGGUCGGAUCCAUUGGAAAUCCGAACCACCGGUUCCGAGCUCGGCUCUCCUCGAGAGCUUACUGCUGUGCAGACUAAGAGUACGGCAAUUCAGCUCACAUGGCUGCCACCGUACCCCGAAAAAGCGAUUGUAACAGCUUACAGAAUGAGAUACAGUCCUCGAGCUGAUGAUUCUAACCCAACAGAGGUCGAGCUUUCUGGAGAUGAACUCUCAUGCACGGGUUAUAAGAGCCCCAUUAUUACCGGAGCCAAUUUGUGCACCACUGUGAAGAACCUACAACCUGCUACCACCUACCGAUUUGCUGUACAGGGCCAAUCUGCUUCUGGGACAUGGGGUGAAUGGUCGAGUGACUAUUUCUCUACCACCAGAAAAGACGACAACGAACUUUUGGGUGGAAGUUUGAAAUUGCUCUCAGCCGGUCAUGACAAUCUCAAAGUGAAGUGGACUCCGCCUGCAGUCAUUGGCGAGAAAAUCGAUACCUAUCAGCUGUUCAUCUCGGUUGCUAGUGAGCUGGAUCAGAACCCAAGAGAAUACACAACGCCUGGAUCUCAGACCGACUAUCACUUCAGACAGCUCAACUCCGUCACGCAGUACAAUGUGACCGUUCAAGGCCUUUCCGGUAGCAACAAACUCUGGUUCAUCUCGUCCGUCUUCGCAACCACCGACUUUGCCGAAGGUUUGCUUAACUGGCUACCAGCCCCUACCGAUUUGCAUCUGAUCGAGAAAUCCGACACUAUGCUACAUGUCGACUGGGUCCCUCCAGAGAUUUUCGAUCCUGAGCAAAGGGAACUGCUCACUCACUACAGAGUUACAAUUGCACCAUUCGAUCCACGAAGUGGAGUUACGGGCCCGAAAAAGAACUACACCGUGCCUGUACCAGGAAAUUCGAUCAAAUUUGAAGGACUGAAUCCAGAAACCAUUUACAAUAUUACCGUACAAGCAGGUACAAGCUCAGGAUAUGGCCAUAUCCUGUGGGGAACCUACAGUACCUUGGCCCCCGGUCAACGACAUAUUAUCCGACUUAUAAACAGGUCUCCAACAACGCUGCACGUGGAAUGGGAGCCAGUUUGGGGACGCAGUCACAGUGGUUACAUUCUGACGGCUCAAUCUUUGCAUUCCGUCUACGGAAACGUUCGAAUCAACCAAGUCAAGACCUUCGAUGUGGAACCAUGGGAGUCCGACUUCGUUAUCCGAGGGCUUCACCCGAGCACUGUUUACAAUGUCACACUCAAACCCAAGGACCAUAGCGAGGUAGCUUGGGGAGCUUAUGCCACAUUGCCUCCUGGUUGGUUCCUUGUCAAGAAUCUGAAACAAUGCGAUAAAACCAACUUUGCCGUCUCGAUGAGCUGGGAACCUGUUGAAUUGGACAUGGCCACUCACUACCAGGUUCGUUACCUUCGAAUGAAGGACAGCGAAGCUGGGUGGAUUGAGGAAGAUGCCAGGGAGAGCAAGGAACUGCUCUGUCCAAAGGAUGGAUGUGGUCGACUGUGCUAUUUGGUCUUCAACCUGCCCCAUAAUCCUAGCGAAUACAUCUUCCAGGUUCGAGCCAAGGUCGAUGGCGAAUGGAAUCACUGGAGAUCAGCGCCGAGAAAAGUGAUCACUGGUGAAACGGCCGAGAUUCGUCGAAGCUGUUGUAUCGUGCCACCACCGUAUAUGGUCGAAAAUAUUGGAAGUCCCGGUUCAUGGUGGGAGGUGGAUGUGACUCCUGCAGCCACAGAAAACGGCGUCUCACGGUACUAUGUUGUGGUGGAUGAACGCGACCCACCGGGAGAAUCCAAUUGGACAGAGCUUACCGAUAAGGUGCGACUCGGCGAUGGAACGGUAAUCGGUGGUUACUUGAACUAUCCCCUUGUGAAAGGCAAAAAAUACAACUACGAAGUAUACACCGUAUGGAACAUGACUGGAGUACCGGUCGUAGGACGUAGUCGAGCCUCUCCAUAUCUGGCAGCUGGCUGGCCAUGGUGGUGGCUACUUCUACUGCUGCUUCUCCUGUUGCUGUUAAUCCUACUCUGCUGUUGCCUUCUAUGGUGCCUUCAGGGACGGUAUCGAACACGAAAGGAGCACCGACGAAUGGUGACAAAUGGUCAGCACGUGCCACUCUUGGAAGAGGACAAGAAUAUGGAGGCGAAUCUGCGGUCACUUGAGUCACGCCUCGACAAGAUGCGUGGUACGGCCGACGGACGAUCACGUGGUGAUUUCGAAGAUGGUUACAUGAAAGGCUAUAAAGAUGCCAACAAACUUGGCUCAGCUAGUGCAGCUAGACGUCGUAUGGAUGACGAUUACGGUAGCAGAGAUGAUCGAUUCCAUGAGGGCUAUGUAAAAGGCCUCAAGGAUGCUGGAAUGACUGGAAUGUCGACAUCGAUGCACAACUUGGCACAGAAAGGUCCAGGUGGCGGUUAUUCGUCGGGCUUCAUGCAGGGUUAUAAGGAUGGAAAUUCCGGAAUCUUCGGAGAUCGUGUUACACCGUCAUUGAUUUCCCGAUUGGAUGAACAGUAUCCUGGACAGGAUGACUUCAAACAGGGAUAUGUGGACGGAUUCAAAGAAGGUGCUGGCAGUAGGACUGGCGAGCGACGGACGUUCGAAGAUUCGCGCCGUCUUCAGCAAUCUUUGACAGAACUCACAGAAAGACUUACGUCUUUGGAGAAAACCAAAGGGGACGAGAUCCAUUCGACAAAGAUCUACCACGUUUACAAUCAACAACCCGACUCAAUCGCGUAUACCUCCAGUGCUCAACAAUUGGCACAUGAACUCGAAGAGAUUAAUAGCACUUCACGAAGAAGCACUCUUAGAAGACACUAUACACCAGGGGACUACCUGAAGCAAGCCUCCGAAGGUGAAGGCUACGGAACACUCGGUAGAAAUAGACGAUCGCUGUCGGCGUCAGCUCUAGCGAGAGGUCUGUUAAACGACUUUGAAAACUCGUCGGCGAUGGAGAGUCGGACGACGGAACAGCGAUCGCGCCAUGCCUCUGGCACGGGUUCAUCGUACAUAACACGUUCGGCGGCUGAUCGACAAGGCACCGACACCUACAGUAAACGUUACAAUUACCGUAGUCGUUCGGAUGUCGGUAGUCCACGACGUUAUGCGAGCCAGACAUUGUUGGAUGGUUCACGACCAGGUCCGAGCACUCCUCAUGCUCGACGGGAUGCUUUGAGCACCCUUCAGCGUGAGCUGGACACAUUGAGUCGUUCUCCAGACAGAUCGACUCCUCGGGGCUACACUUCCGAUACGGGAAAUGCCUACGAUACAGUGCGCUCGAAGGCGCGUGGAUAUUCGAACUAUGACUACGACACAUUCUCGUCAUCUCGCCAUCAUGAGACCCGAAGUUCCGCCGUCAGUGGAGGUGGUGGCACGACGGGGUUCACCACUGUACCAACAACCAGAUAUUCCGCGAAAGAAGGAGGCGCGUCGACUUCCCAUGGCGACGCCAAAGAAAUCGUCGAAGAAAAGUAUCAUAGGUCGUAUAAAGAGGUAAGCAAAAACAGUCAUUAA